AGAGGGACAUUUGAAAUCAAACAAGCAGUGUUUCAGGAAGUGUUAGCCACCCACAAUUCAAGUUGAAUACGUCCGAGUUUAUAGUUUGGUUUGAGCUUCGCACAACAUUGAACCGGCUUUUAAAAGGAGCCUCCUGUUAACGUUACGCUGAAUACUUAUGUACCGUUAGCCAAAAUAACAAUUUAUCAAGGUAACUUAAACCAGCAACGUUAGCUAGCGAGGGUGAAGCUUCCUACUUGGGAGCUAACGGGGACGUUGCUCUGGUUAAAUUAUCGGCCAGUGGUCUCGGUCGUCUUACAGUAACAUAUUUAGAAAAUGGAGUCUUCUGCCAGGGUUAAGCAGACAAAAGACAUGAAACUUCAUAGGCCCGAAGUGAAGACAAACGGUGAUGGACCUAAGCGGAUUCCAGUUUCACAGCAGUCACAGAUUGCUGUAGUUACACCAACUCCACAUCAUCGGGUUCUAGGUGUGUCGAAUGGACCCCAGCGCAUUCAGCGGCCUAUGAGCCACCAGAAACCAGCAUCUCAUGCCCCUGUUGCUGUCAAGUCCACACACCUUGCUAAUCAGAAUGUGAACCCUUCUACUCAUUAUGGUUCAGUGCCCAAACGUGUUUCUCAACAAAACCAUCCAAAACCGCAUGACGUGCUCAAGGUUAACCCGGAGUCGGCCAAACCACCAACAGAACCGGCAAAGCUAGAUAGGCCCCAAAACAAACCUGCCAUUAAGGAUUCUGCCAACACCUCUUCAUCAAACAAGCGGUGGAGCCUGGAGAAUUUUGACAUUGGCCGCCCCCUAGGAAAGGGUAAAUUUGGCAAUGUCUACAUGGCCAGAGAGCGACAAAGUAGGUUCAUCUUGGCCCUGAAGGUGCUCUUCAAGAAGCAGCUAGAGAAGGCCGGUGUGGAGCACCAGCUGAGGAGAGAAGUGGAGAUCCAGUCUCACCUCAGGCACCCGAAUAUCUUGCGCCUCUACGGUUACUUUCAUGAUGCGUCUCGUGUGUAUCUUAUCCUGGAGUUUGCACCCAAGGGGGAACUGUAUAGUGAGCUGCAGCGCUGUGGAUGUUUUGAUGAGGCCAGAAGUGCCACGUACAUCAUGGAGCUGGCAGAUGCCCUCAACUAUUGCCACUCCAAGAAGGUGAUCCACCGGGACAUCAAACCAGAGAACCUGUUACUUGGGGCCAACGGGGAGCUGAAGAUUGCUGAUUUUGGCUGGUCUGUUCACACACCUUCCUCCAGGAGAUCCACGUUGUGUGGAACACUGGACUACUUGCCUCCUGAGAUGAUUGAGGGGAAAACUCACGAUGAAAAGGUGGACCUGUGGAGUCUGGGCGUCCUUUGUUAUGAGUUCCUGGUUGGAAGUCCCCCCUUUGAAACAAAAAGUCAUGAGGAGACCUACCGCAAAAUAUCAAGGGUGGAGUACACUUACCCUUCACAGUCCACUAUUAGUGCGGGAGCCAAAGACUUGGUUGCUAGGCUACUGAAGCAUAACCCCAUGCACAGACUGUCCAUCCAGGGAGUCCUGUCCCACCCCUGGUUGGUUGAGAUGGCCACCAAGAAACCCACAACCCUGAACAAGCAGGAGUCCCCCCAGUAAGCCACUUUGUUCCCCUCCACCCAACACCUGAGGUGUGUACGUGUGAGGGUGGAGUGGUGCAGAACUCGUGCUGUACCAAGAUGUGAAACUGAUUUAUCAGAAUCUGCUUGUCUCACUAUAUUGACUACAAAAUCACUGCAUGUAGAUGUUUAUGUCUGCAGGCAUCUUAAGCCACUUUCUGGUCUUUUUUUAUGUUCUUAUCCUUUUUUUCUUAACAGUGGCAUUCUAUUGCCUGUAAAUAUUUCACUGUUUUUGUGUAAUUAUGAGAAUUUUAUAGAGCUUUUCAAAAAUGGUAUUACUUGAAAUAAAAUAAGACAACUAACCUUUUGUGGAUAUAUA